AUGCCAGCUCCAACCGCGCCCCUGCGCAGCCCAGAAGCCCUGGCUGAAGACCAAACCAUGGCCGAGGCCACCCCUCUCCCCGCAGACGAAGACACAGAGCUGCUCGACAUGAAUGCUCUCCCGGACGCCAUACCCGCUGCUCCCUCGGGCUCCACGUCUUCCAGGAAGCGAGGGAAGGCACUUGGAAAAGGAAAGGGAAAAGGAAAAGGAAAAGCUCGUGACACUCAGCCCGAAGACGUAGUCAUGACCGACGAGGGCGGCCGUCCACGCUUCGCCCCCGCCAAAGCCAUUCCCCUCGCCUUCCGCCGCGAGCAGAGAAAGGUGCCCAUCCCUCCCCACCGCAUUACGCCGCUCAAGAACUCUUGGCCGAAAAUCUAUCCGCCGUUGGUCGAGCAUCUCAAGCUGCAGUGUCGGAUGAACCAGAAGACCAAAUCUGUGGAAUUGAGGAGUAGUUCCCAUACCACCGAUACUGGGGCAUUGCAGAAGGGCGAAGAUUUCGUCAAGGCAUUUACUCUCGGCUUCGACGUAGACGACGCGAUUGCGUUGCUCAGGCUGGACGACCUGUACAUUGAGACUUUCGAGAUCAAGGAUGUGAAGACGCUGAGUGGUGAGCAUCUGUCAAGAGCGAUUGGACGAAUUGCGGGCAAGGAUGGAAAGACCAAGUUUGCCAUUGAGAACUCCUCGCGAACUCGAGUCGUCCUCGCCGACCAAAAAAUUCACAUCCUUGGCGGCUUCAAGAACAUCCACAUCGCCCGCGAAGCCAUUGUAUCCCUCAUUCUCGGUGCACCGCCGGGCAAAGUCUACGGGAACCUCAGGACUGUAGCUUCCCGCAUGAAGGAGCGAUUUUGA